ACUCAGUCUUUCAUCGAUUUUCGCGCACAGGCCGCGAUGAGAUCUGAGUCAUAUAUCCGCCGAGCCGCUCGACGAGUCCCAUAUAAAGUGUGGGCAUCUGGGGAGGGCAGCAAGCAACAAUCCCCUCCACCAUGGCGCAGCGCGAUCGCUCUCGUACGCCACCUAACCCGCCGGGCCAGGCACCGACUAAUAUGACACCCAAUCAACCUCAGUACGCUAGGACCGCACCACCAGACCUAGGUCUCAAGGCGUCACGAAGCAUCGUUGUUGAAGACCUCAAGGAGUCGGUGCCAUCGUACAGCGCCGACUACUUCUUCCAGGCCUAUUUGCCUCCACUGGAUCCCGACAUAGACCUGGAUGCCGUGCUGCAAUACCUUGGCGACAAUGGCCACAUUACCUACAACCAACUUGAUGCCUUCCGGCGUGUGUUGCCAGCUACCCGUCGCAAGGCGGCCGACGAUAUGUUCGCAGAUCCUCACAAGACGGAGGAUGUCGUGUUCGCACAGCUAGAGCCGCUUGCGGAGGCGGUGACGGCGGCGGUGAAGAGCGUCAGUGCCAAUUCGAACAGAGAACCAACAGUGAGGUUCAAGUGUCGACUGACAAGUCCGCCCAAGUCUUCGGAUCGAAGUAACACGUCGAAGCCCGACGCGUACGGUAUACGGUCGGAGGCGCCACGCAAUGGACGAGCGGAGUGGGUUGACAUCGCGGUUCCUGGAGAGUUCAAGACGGCGGAAGGAGAGUCUAAGACACAUGAUAAUCGAGUCAAAGUGUUGUGGUCUUUGAAUCACAUCAUGCGCGAGGAUGCGCGUAGGAGAUUCGUCAUCGGCUUCACCAUCGAGGGAGACCGUAUGCGGCUGUGGUUCGCGAGCCGGUCAGAGGUGGUCGCGUCGUGGCCGUUCAAUUUCAUUAUGAACCCUCGGCGCUUCGUAGAGUUUCUGCUGCGAAUCAUGUACGCCGGUGAAGCCGAUCUUGGCUGGGACACUACCAUUCGGCGGCUCACCACUCCCGAUGGACAUACUCAGCUCGAGAUCACCGUCAACAAUAAGAAGUAUCGAACACUGCGGCUGAUAUCGUCAAUUGGCGCGGACAGCCUUCGAGGCCGCGGUACACGUGUCUGGGAGGUGGUGCAGGUCGACGGCGACGGCAACUUUGUCGCCGGGCCAUUCGCGCUCAAGGACUCCUGGGUCGACUCUGAUCGGGUUCGCGAAUGGCAGAUACUCCAUAGAAUCCGUGUCUCCGGCAGCAACGAACGCCACAACACUUGUUUUGAGAAUCACCUGCCGCACAUUUUGGAGCAUUGGGAUGUUCUCGUGAACGAUAGUCCGGAUGACACGCACAAUACCAUGAGGCGAGCUGUAGAUGCCACGAUCUCCACGCACAGGAGGGCGUUACCGGUCCUAAUCAAUCCGAGUGUACGGCAGAAGGUCAUGAGCAAGCAUCCGGCGGUGGGGGCUUUCAACAUGCCGGAGGCCACGAAGCAGCCACUGGACUUCGCCGCGAAGACGCAUCACCGCGUCGUAUUCAAAGGGGUAGGCAAGAGUAUCGUCGAAGUCGAGUCUAUGGAAGAGGCAUUUCGCCACCUGCGGAGAGCUGUACUAGUCCUUUGCUGCCUGCACGAGUGUGGCUGGGUCCAUCGAGAUAUCAGCUCUGGCAACAUACUUGUCGUGGGCAAGAAUGUGGUGAUCAGCGAUGUGGAGUAUGCCAAACGCAUGUCUGACACCACAGUGCAUACCGGUGUUCGUACGGGUACGGCCUUUUUCAUGCCGGUUGAAAUUGACAACCACGGCUAUCUCUUUGACAGCGAAGACGCAGCCGAGGACGACUCGCCUGUGGACUACGAGUUGGCCUUUGCUGAGCUCGAGCUGCCCACAGACCGGACUCCCUCAGCCUCCGCCACCCCACCAGCUAUAAUGCAAGUAUCUAUGAGUCUCGCACAAGACUCCCAACCGCAGCCUCCCCCGGCCCUUUUCCAACAUAACUACCUCCACGACUUGGAGUCGCAUCUGUGGCUUUCCUUAUAUGUGCUCAUCUGUGGCAAGAUUAGGGACUCGUUUCAAGAUCGCCCCGAGGUCGACUUCAACGCAUGUAUGCAGCGUCACGGUGAUCUUGCUGUAAACCUUUUCUGCGACAGAAGGUUCCGACUAGCGGUCAUGACCAGCAGCAGCAAGCUCAAGACGGAACUCUGGGGCCUGCUGCCACAGAUUAUGGCCAUAGCGCCGGAGCUGGAUCAAGUUCGCACACUGAUAGCCACGCGGUACAGGCAGUUUGAGCACGACCUCGGCACUGUCCAUAUGAUGAACGCAACCGAAAUGGGUUCUCUGUACGUCUCGAUACACAAGAGGUUCGGCACGAUGGUCAACCUCCUGAAGAACAACAACCUUCACGUCGUCGUCGAUUCAACCCCAUUCCCUUUCGAGGAGCGCAUGCACCAGAUACUAGAGGAGAACGCGAUUAAGGACGCAGAUGGUAGGGUCAAGCACGAGGCAAAGGCGGCUGAUGACGACGACGACGACGAGCAGGCGCGGUCGCGCAAACGACCACGCGUUGUCGCGGAUGCUUCCGCACCUUCGUCUGUUCUUCCCACUCACGACGUCUUCGGGCCCGUCCAACAGACAGGUUUCGGUGGGCCCUCGACCCGUUGAGCAUAUCAGCCUGGUCGCAACUGCGGUGAAAGGGCCCUUCAGUGGCCGAUGUUUACUGCUCUGUUUCGGGCACCUGUUAUUCUGAUCGCGAAAUGUAAGCGAAAUGCCAGUAUAUGGCUACCAUUGAGUCCUUGUUACGCCUGUCCCUUGUGUAUACUAGACUGCUGUAGCCGUGUUGUCGUAAUACAUCUGCAUCUUUGUACUCGCAUUCAACGAAGGGUGAUCUUUGAUGGCAUUGGUAGCGCAUGUAUGAAUACAGGGAUAUGUAGUUAUAAGCAUAUCCAAGCAAGCAUUCAUGUUCGUCUGCGAAUUGGCGAAGCACGAAAAUAGCCGUAAGCGAGUCAGCAUCGUACAGCUCAGAGCGGAUAGCUACCGCACGUAUCUCUGCCGUUCAAGUUCGCAUGCCGUCCCGUCCGCUCUCGGGGCAUACGCCGAUGCCCCGCCCCGCCCCGCCCCGCUCGUCCUGAUACAUUUGCACGGCAUCCCACACCAGCAAAAGCCCUGUCGUGUGCAUCUGCGCGUUUCCAAGCACGGCGCCGUAGAGCGACGCGAGCUCGCGGGGAUACGGGAGCCGCAUGCGAAGCUGCGUGUCUCAGAAAGGACCAGCUGGAUUUGUCCGCAAUGCAUCCACUUGCGCUCGACUCAGCUAGGACACUGUGCGAGUAAGAGGUACGAUGCUUACGGAAUCCUUUCCGUAUUUUGAGGCCUCUGACCAGUCGCCUUAGACAAUUACAUCCUCAUGAGCAAAGAGCACGUCUAGAGAUACGAGCGUUGACGUUGAAUGACGACGAGUUGGUGGCGAAUAAGCGGCAGUUUCAUCGUGGUUUAACAAGACGAGAACGUCCCGUCGAGAGGAAUAUUG